AGUGGCCAACCGGCAUUUUGGUUAAGUUUUUGUUCAACAGCCGAACAAAGUAGAAUGUCCAUUAGCCGUCUCCAGUCGUGCUCCACAUUAACCCGCACCAUCUUCACCACUUCGAUCCGUUUGUUCAGUUCUGCCGUCGCUAAAAACAUGGAGAAACACGAAGUCGUUCCGGACGUUAUCCCGGUUGCUCCGACCGAAGUGGCCAAAGUGUCCUACCCAUCGGGUGCCGUCGUAAACGAGGGCAACGUUUUGACUCCGACGCAGGUGAAGGACGUCCCGAAAGUGGAGUGGAACGCGGAAAGUGGUAGCUUGUACACGCUCUGCAUGACCGAUCCGGAUGCACCGAGCCGCAAGGAACCGACGUACCGCGAGUGGCACCACUGGCUGGUCGGAAACAUUCCCGGCGGUGACGUCGCGAAGGGAGAAACCCUUUCCGCUUACGUCGGUUCCGGCCCGCCGGAAGGUACGGGACUGCAUCGUUACGUGUUCCUGGUGUACAAGCAAAAUGGUAAGCUGACGUUCGACGAGCCCCGACUGACGAAUACCAGCGGAGACAACCGUGGCGGAUUUGCCAUCCGCAAGUUUGCGGAAAAGUAUAAGCUGGGCAAUCCGAUUGCCGGUAAUCUCUACCAGGCGGAAUGGGACGAUUACGUGCCACUGCUGUACAAGCAGCUGGGUGCAUAAACAUCCGUAAUCGCAUUCAAUUGGUUAAUGGGGUAUGCCAUGCAUUCGUUGUCAUGUAAUGAGAGGGCAUUUGCAACGUUCGGAGACAGAACAGACAUUUAUUUUUGGUAGAAUUUGCUAGAAGCAAUAAAUCAAUACGAGAAAGAAAAAGUAAUAAACAGCACUGAUAAACUUUUAA